AUGACGUCUAAUAAUGAUGAAUGUGCUCCUAGUAGAAAGAAAGAUGGUAAACGCGGUUUGACCCGCAUGCAAAAAACUCACAAAGCUAAAAGCAAUGGAAUAAAAGAAGAGGUACAAUGGAAUGCAAAAGGUCAACCGAUUGGGCAUAAUAGUGAGGGUUUUGUUAGUUACAUUGGAGUGAUUGUUCGUCUGCUAGUUCCACUUGAUACGAAUAAUUGGAGAGCGAAAAGAAACACGACGUUGGCCGGUUAUAAACAAAAUGUUUGGGAAGCGAUACAAAAAGCAUAUGUGGUUGGCGAUGAACGUCGCCAUUACGUACUUAGAAAAGCUGGAAUGUUGCACAGGGCAUUCAGAACUGACAUGAGACAAAAACAUCUAAGAGACAGUGAUGGUAAUUAUAAAGAACAUCCUUCAAGAGACUUAUAUCCCCAAAUUACAAAAGAGCAUUGGAAUAGUUUUGUAGCUUGGUCUAAGACCGAUGCGUUUCAGUAUCAAAUGGAUAAGAAUAAAGGUAUUUUCUAA